CGGCGCCGGGCCAGUGCGGGCGGGCUGUGCGGGGCCGGGUCUCUGCGGCGGGACGGCGGCGGCACGGCCCCGGCCUGGCCCUCGGCGCUGAGGUGAGGUUUCUUUAUCCUCUGCUUGUUGGUGGAAGAUGGGAGAGAUAGAAGGGACCUACAGAGUCUUGCAGACUCCUGGCUCUCGUUUGGGUGUCCAGAAGACUACAGGAGUGAGUACCUUGGAGCCAGGACAGAACCUUUCUACUGCAAUGGCAUCAUCACCUGCCAAAAUGCACGAGCGGGACCUGCCCAUCAAAAUAAAGAUGUUGGACAACACAGUGGAGGUUCUGGAGAUCGAGUCCAAGUACUAUGGGCAGACAUUACUGACAGAAGUUUACAAGCAUCUGAAUUUGAUUGAAUCAGACUACUUUGGGAUUGAAUUCCAGAACAUCCAGUCCUACUGGAUUUGGCUGGAACCUAUGAAACCUGUUAUUAAACAAAUAAGGAGACCAAAGACUACAAUGCUUCGUCUUGCUGUGAAGUUUUUCCCUCCAGACCCGGGCCAGUUGCAAGAGGAAUACACAAGAUACCUGUUUGCUUUGCAAAUCAAAAGAGACUUGGCAGAGGAGCGACUGACCUGCAGUGACAACACAGCUGCUCUUCUGGUCUCUCACCUUCUGCAAUCUGAAAUUGGGGAUUUCGAUGAAGCAGAGGAUCGAGAGCACCUUAAAACAAAUCAGUAUUUGCCAAACCAGGAGAGAAUUGAAGGAAAGAUUCUGGAGUUCCACAGAAAGCAUGUGGGUCAAACUCCUGCUGAAUCAGACUUUCAAGUGCUUGAAAUUGCUCGCAAACUGGAGAUGUAUGGCAUCAGGUUUCACCUUGCCUCGGACCGCGAGGGUACCAAAAUUAGCCUGGCUGUUUCACACAUGGGUGUGCUGGUGUUCCAGGGCAACACCAAAAUCAAUACAUUCAACUGGUCGAAGGUCCGGAAACUUAGCUUCAAGAGGAAAAGAUUCCUUAUUAAACUCCACCCAGAGGGCCCCUAUCAAGACACACUGGAGUUUCUUAUGGGAAGUAGAGAUGAGUGUAAAAACUUCUGGAAAAUCUGUGUUGAAUAUCACACCUUCUUUAGGCUCUUUGAUCAGCCAAAGCCAAAGGCUAAAGCAGUGUUCUUCACCAGAGGGUCAUCAUUCAGAUACAGUGGACGAACACAGAAGCAACUAGUGGAUUAUAUUAAGGACAGUGGGAUGAAGAAAACUCCAUAUGAGAGGAGGCACAGCAGAGCCAGAGCAUCCACUCGCACUUCCAACACAGACGUGCCAAAACAGAGUGUCCCAUUCAGUGAGGGUUUGAGAACCCCUGGGUCUCCUGCCUCAGCUGCUGCCCCUUUCCACUCAGUUCACUCAUCGUCCGCUUCUGCUCCUGUCCUGACCAUCUUUGCAGAAACCAACCUUUCCUCAUUGGAGCCCCGAGUGCCACACACAAGGAUUCCAGAAAAAAACCCUGCAGCGCCAGCAGAAGAAGUGGGAAGGAAACUGAUGCAGCAGCCCGGAUCUCCCGUGCUCCAAGGCUUGCCAGUGGACCAUUCUCAGCUCUCUUCCCUCGUGCUGAAGAGUCCCCUGGGCUUGAACCCAGCGUUUCAGGUGAACUUGAACACAGCUGUCCAGGGUUCAUCUCCUCUUCUGAGUCCUGUCCUCAGUGAUGCUGGUGGUCCCAGGAUAGAAGAGGAUGAUGAAGUGAAACGCAAGCGCUACCCAACUGACAAGGCCUACUUCAUAGCAAAGGAGAUCCUUGCUACCGAACGGACCUAUUUAAAGGACCUGGAAGUGAUCACAGUGUGGUUCCGCAGCGCUGUGCUCAAGGAGAACGCCAUGCCCGAGGGCCUGAUGACUUUGCUCUUCUCCAACAUAGACCCAAUUUAUGAGUUUCACCGAGGCUUUCUGAAAGAGAUUGAGCAAAGGCUGUCACUCUGGGAAGGGAAAAACAAUGCUUCCAUGAAAGGAGAUUAUCAGCGCAUUGGUGACAUCAUGCUCAGGAAUAUGCGUGCUCUGAAGGAGUUUACCAGUUACCUGCAGAAGCACGACGAGGUCCUGACAGAACUGGAGAAAGCAACCAAACGCCUAAAGAAGCUGGAAAUGGUUUAUAAGGAGUUUGAGCUGCAGAAGGUUUGCUACCUGCCCCUCAACACAUUUCUGCUCAAACCAAUCCAAAGGCUGAUGCACUACAAGUUGAUCCUGGGCAGACUUUGCAAGCACUACACAGCAGAGCACUGGGACUUCGCAGAUUGCCGCAAUGCACUGAAGGAAGUCACAGAAAUUACAUCUCAGCUGCAGCACAGCCUUAUCCGCCUGGAGAACUUCCAGAAGCUGACAGAGCUUCAGCAUGACUUGAUUGGCAUAGACAACCUCACAGCACCUGGCAGGGAGUUUAUCCGGGAAGGUUGCUUGUACAAGCUCACCAAGAAGGGGUUGCAGCAGAGGAUGUUCUUUCUGUUCUCAGAUAUGUUACUGUACACAAGCAAGGGGGUUACAGGGACAAACCAGUUCAAAAUUCAUGGACAUCUUCCUCUGCAUGGCAUGUUGCUGAUAGUGCUCGACCCACCGGUGGAGGAGAGUGAGAAUGAAUGGGCUGUCCCACACUGCUUCACCAUCUAUUCAGCACAGAAAACCAUCGUGGUGGCAGCAAGCACCCGCCUGGAGAUGGGGAAGUGGAUGGAAGACCUAAACAUGGCAAUUGAAAUGGCCAAGAAAUCCACUGAGAAAUCUGACAUGCUCCUGGAAAACUCAGUGUGCAGCCGCUCCAACAGAUCCUCUGAUGAGGUCUCUCUAGAGCAGGAGUCCGAAGAUGACUUACACUCUUCUCGUAGCUCCUUGGACAGGCAGAGCCACCACCGUGCCAACACAACCGUGCACGUGUGCUGGUACCGCAACACCAGCAUCUCCAUGACUGACCACAGUGUGGCUGUCGAGAACCAGCUCUCUGGGUACUUGCUGAGGAAGUUCAAGAACAGCAAUGGCUGGCAGAAACUGUGGGUUGUCUUCACCAACUUCUGCUUGUUCUUCUACAAAACACACCAGGACGAUUACCCCUUGGCCAGCCUCCCACUGCUGGGCUACGCCGUCAGCAACCCCGUCGAGGCAGAUGGCAUUCACAAGGAUUUCGUCUUCAAGCUGCAGUUCAAGUCCCAUGUGUAUUUCUUCAGGGCUGAGAGCAAAUACACCUUUGAGAGGUGGAUGGAGGUGAUCAAGAAAGCCACCAGCUCUCCAGCCAGGUCAAAUCUGCUGCCUCCCAAGGAUGAGAAGGACAGUCACACAGACUGAAGCAGGAGAGAGCAGGAUCUGUUGUAGACAGCAACAAAAGAGGCAGGUGGAAAGGGGAGUUGAUCAAGCCAAGAACCAGCAGGCUCAUUUCCACCUGGUUUGGAAUGGGGGAGCGAAGGAGCUGCAGAUGGGGAUCACAUCCAUUCCCAAUGGUAUGGAAGGAGGGUCAAGUCUAUUCCAGCUGAACCUACUUAGAGAGAACCUAACCACCACAGAGCUGCAGUGUACACACAUCAUGGAAGGCUCAUUGCUCCAGCUGUACCUGUACAGUAACACUCUUGCCUGCCCUGAAGGCACAUGCCACCUCGUUUCUCCGUUUGGACUGGAUGCUCAGCAGCAGUGGAAAAGAAGCAGCAGCUGUCAGUGGUGUGAGUGGCUGCCAGCUGCUGGUGCCAGGGCUUGCUGGCUCCCCAGAGGUCCCUUCCCCUGAUGCUCAGCAUGGCUCUCUGUACAACUGCUGCCUUGCUGCUGCUAACAGCAACCUGCUGGCACAGUCAUCUCAGACUAAUGAGGGAUCCACAGGGGUAGUUGCUUAAGCCAUUCAUUGUGAACAGGAAAUGCAGCUCUCCUGGAACUCUGGAAGCUGCCAUGGGGGGAGCAGGAGGCCUGAACCUCUGCCAAGCCGCUGAGGUUCUGGUCUGUUGUGGGUCAGUACAGGUAGGCUGCGUGGUCCUUGCUCUGAACUCUGCUAUGGCACAAUGCUGAGAGGGUCACUUGCUAUUCUCAUAUCACAGCUCCAGAGCUUCCUUAUCCUCUAGCAGGCAUUACUUAAGGCAGGAGAUGGCAAACCCACUCUCCACCCUGAUCUGGGUGAUGUUUUCCAGGCAUUUAAGCGAUACAGGAGAACAAGCUUCUCUGAAAGUCACUGCUGGUUUGUGCUUGGGUCAUGCAAAGACUUCUGAAAGUCUCUCUCCUUACCUUUAAGCUUGGGGUGGGAUCCAUCUUGUUUCUCGUGAAGGUGGAAGAAGUGACUAGGUGCCAGGCAGAACGUUAGUGGCCGUGGGCUCCAU